UCUUCAUGCCAAUAAAACUUCUAUGGACACAGAGAAAGAGAAAUCCAAUAUCCCUGAAAAAUCCCAGAGUUUUGUGUCUAGAAACAAUGAAGAUGAAAAAAAUGAGGGGUACCAGCAUGAUUCUGAUUUGAAAGAUGAAAUCACCACCGCUGAAGCUGCGGAACCGCCACCUGAUGGUGAUGCUGAAGCCAAACAAGACAAUGUUGCUGCUGCAGGCUCUGACAUGGAGAUUAAAGAGGGAGAAGAGUCAUGUGAUGUAAAGAAUUCAGAGUCUUCUCCUUCACCUCCUGAUCUGAGUAAAGUCUCGGAAGAGAUUGAUCAAUAUAUCUUCAACUUGUCAAUCUCAAAACGAGAUGAUUCCAAUCCCCCCGAUGUGCCUAUUUUCGUUGAACAAUUCGCCAUUCUUGUUGAAGCAAAGAUCGAAGACUAUGAUUCCGAUGAUUCUCCUGUGAAAAAGUGUUCAGAACAAGAUUCAACUUCAUUUCUGGAUACCAUCAAUCGAGUUUGCAGGUUAUCAACUGCACUUCUUGAAUUCUCUUCAGAGUAUAAAUAUGCUUAUACAAUUAAUCGAAUUGGUGGCAUUCUCCAACGUGCAAUGUCAUACUUUGAGGAAGAAUUCAAAUCACUCCUUGAUGAUCAUAAAUUGUCCGCUUCAGAACAUAAUAAUAAUGAUUCAAAGCCGAGGCAAUCUACAUCAUCAAACCCUAAUCAAGACGCACCAGAACCUGGCCCUGUGGAGGAAACUAAUUCUCCAGCAUACUCGGAAGAAAAUUUAUCAAACUUGAUUAGAUUAUCCAGGGCAAUGAUUGUAGGAGGACACGAAUCCGAAUGUCGUUUCGCUUAUUUUGUAGCAAGAAGAAAUGCAUUGGAGGAAAGUUUACAUAAGCAAGGAUUUGAAAAACAUAGCAUUGAUGAUGUGCAGAAAAUGAACUGGGAAUCACUGGAGAGAGAGAUCGUGGCCUGGCUCAAGAUUUUCCGGCAAUGCGCCACAGUGCAUUUUCCGAGUGAGAGGAAACUCUCUGAUGCAAUUUUCUCCGACUAUCCAUUGAUAUCGGAGAGCCUGGUUAGCAGCCUGUCGCGAAACAUGGUGAUUCAGCUCCUGACUUUCUCCAGGGCUGUUGCAAUGACGAAACGUGCUGCUGAAAAACUGUUCAAAUUUCUUGAUAUUUACGAGGUUUUGAGGGAUGUCCUUCCGACAAUGGAGAGCUUAUUGUCAGUGGAGAUUAUGGAUGAGCUUAAAACGGAGACAUCGUUGAUUCGGAGCUGGUUUGCAGAGUCCAUGAUUUCCAUUUUUGGUGAACUCGAAAACUCGAUUAAGGCUGACUCAGGUAAGACGCCGGUUCCAGGUGGUGCAGUUCAUCCAUUGACUCGUUACACCAUGAAUUAUCUUAAAUAUGCAUGCGAGUACAAGGAUUCACUAGAGCAAGUUUUUCGAGAACAUCAGAAGAUUGAUAGAGUCGAGUCCGUGACGGGGUCUGAAUUCGAAUACAAUCCAGAAGCCCAAGUCCAGAAUGUUAACAAUGAUCAGACAGAAAAGCAAUCCCCAUUCCAACUACAGAUGGUGAAGGUGAUGGAUUUAUUGGAUGGAAAUCUUGAUGCUAAAUCAAAACUUUACAAGGACAUUUCAUUGAGCUCCAUUUUCAUGAUGAACAAUGGACGGUACAUAUUGCAGAAGAUCAAAGGAUCAACCGAAAUCAACAGCCUGAUGGGAGACACGUGGUACCGAAAAAGAUCAUCGGAUCUCAGGAAAUAUCACAAAUGUUAUCAGAGAGAAACGUGGGGAAAAUUAUUGAGUUGUUUACAUCCUGAAGGAUUGAAUGUUAAUGGGAAGGUAGUGAAGCCAGUUCUGAAGGAGAAAUUCAACAGUUUCAAUAAAAUGUUCGACGAAAUUCACAAAACACAGAGUUCUUGGGUUGUGAGCGAUGAGCAGCUUCAAUCCGAGCUUAGAGUUUCGAUAUCGAACAUGGUAAUUCCGGCCUAUCGGUCGUUUUUAGGCAGGUUCAGUUCUAUUUUUACUCCUGGCCGACAAACGGAGAAGUACGUAAAGUACCAGCCGGAAGAUAUCGAGACGAAUAUCGAUGAACUAUUUGAUGGAAAUGCAGCUCCAUCGGGAAAGAGGAGAGUAUAAAUAUAUAAUGCUGUAAUCGAGAAAAAGUUCCUGGAGAAGCCGUUUUUCUUCAUGGGAUUUGAUUUGGUUCAAGGCUGUCCGAAAAUUACAAGUAUCUUCGCCAUGACCUGAAAUAUGAGCUCAUUCCUUUUCUUUUUUCUUUUUAAAUAGCUGUAGAAGCUAUGCGUUUUCCCCUUUCUUUGUUUACAAUUUUUUUUUUUCCUUUUUUCCCAACUUUUUAAUUGAGCUGAUUAGAACAUAUGAAUAUGGUUUAUACACAAGCCAUCAUUGAUCGUGCUGUAUGUUUUUAUAACAAU